CUCUUCUAUCCUUUAGUAUCCCGGCACAAACGGCGCGCGCGCACGGGAUUCUGGCGCAGCGCGCUCCGGGCUAUGGCAGUGUACGUGCUAUGGUUGGUCGCUGCGAUAGCACCGCUACUAGGUGUGAAUGCACAAGAAUAUGACCCAGGGUUCAUAGAAUGGAAUAAUGCUGUGCCAAAUCAAUGGCCGACCGACGACAGGCAAGAACCAAGCCCUUACCCGCCCCAACAGCCCACACAUGGCCUGUAUAACAGGCAAGAUAUCCCCCCGCUUCCGCCACCAAGCAGAGGUCUCAAUUUCCAAGUGUACGACCCUGUGACCAGACAACGGGUACCGCCUAUAGACCGUAACUGUACGGCACCCGGCUGCUGUGUCCCUAAAUGUUUUGCCGAAAAGGGAAAUAGGGGCUUCCCAGGCAUGCCUGGUCCUCCAGGUAGUCCCGGUUAUGCUGGACAUGAAGGUCCAGAGGGCCCGCAGGGUACAAAAGGACAAAAGGGACAAAUGGGUAAUCCAGGACCAAGAGGACCGAAAGGAGACAGAGGAAAACCCGGUGAUCGUGGUUUUAUUGGUAGGAUUGGUCCAGCUGGUCCUCAAGGUGAACCAGGUCUACCCGGUAUACCCGGGAGAGAUGGUUGUAACGGAACUGAUGGAGAACCUGGACAGCAAGGUCCGCCGGGAAUGCAAGGUCCUCGUGGUUUUCCUGGACCGAAAGGAGACAAGGGAGAUAAGGGAGAGGCUGCGCAUACUGGAAGAAAUCAAAAAGGUCAAAAAGGUGAACCCGGUGCAGAUGGAAUGCAAGGAAGACCAGGGCCUGUUGGGCCAAUAGGUCCCUCUGGUUUACCAGGACCUAAGGGCAGCAGUGGUCCUAUGGGUCCUCCUGGCCCUAAAGGUGACAAGGGAUUGAAAGGUUCCAAAGGUGCAGCCAUUCACGGCGAUAAGGGUGAUCGCGGUGACCCUGGAGACAGGGGUCCUAGUUGUCCUCCCGUCACCUUGCCAUCACAAGGUGAUAAGGGAGCUAUAAAGGGAAUACAAGGUGAUAUGGGACACAAAGGUGACAAAGGAGAACCUGGACCAACGGGUGACAAAGGUGACACGGGACUUAUGGGUGAACCAGGACGCCCAGGACAAAUGGGUAUCAAAGGAGAAAAGGGAAUAAUUGGCAACCCUGGUGAAAGAGGACGAGAUGGACCGUAUGGUAAUCCUGGACCUUCUGGCUUGAAAGGUGAUAGAGGAAAUGAUGGGCUACCUGGAUUGAAUGGAAGACCCGGAACUAAAGGAGAACCCGGAAGAGAUGGAUUACCAGGACCUAGAGGUUUAAAGGGAGUUCCUGGUCCCGCUGGUGGCCGCACUGGCUCACGAGGACCACCAGGACCGCCAGGUCAAAGAGGUUACCAGGGAAGACCUGGACCCAAAGGCACUGACGGCUUGCCUGGAGAAAAGGGUGAUAUGGGACCAAUGGGACCACCUGGAGGCCAGGGUGAACCUGGCGCUGCUGGAGUUGAAGGCAGAGCAGGUCCUAAAGGUGAAAAAGGUGAACCAGGACGUCACGGAGCAGUAGGAGAACCUGGACCUCGAGGUUUUGAUGGACCUCAGGGUUCAGCAGGACCCAGAGGCCCUAAGGGUGAAGAUGGUCUAUCAAUACCCGGUCAAAAAGGUGAAAGAGGACGCGAUGGACUCCCUGGUUUUAAGGGUCAAAAAGGUGAAAAGGGUUACCAUGGUCUGCGAGGGUUACCUGGAAACUCCAGUUUAGGAACUGCCGGCAGUCCAGGAGAGAUAGGAGCUCCAGGAGAGAAAGGUGAUAAGGGCAGACCUGGUAACGAUGGGAUUCCGGGUUACCCAGGGGCAAAGGGUGAUAUUGGUGGACGUUGCAACGACUGCAGGCCUGGAGGUCCAGGGCAAAAAGGAGAUCGCGGAAGCGACGGUUAUCCUGGGCCACCUGGAGAGACAGGAAGACCAGGACCUCCUGGACUAACAGGCGAAAGAGGAGAAGAUGGUCUAAACGGUAGUCCGGGGGCAGCGGGAGCUCCGGGUGAUCGUGGAGAUGAAGGCCCAAUCGGACCACCUGGAGAACGAGGAUUGGAUGCUAAAAUUUCUCCAUCGAACCUUAUUAAGGGAGAACGGGGAGAAAAAGGUCAACAAGGACCUAGAGGGGCUCCCGGUCCAAAGGGUGAAAAGGGUAGCUUGGGAUUAAAAGGAAACCAAGGCCAAAUUGGUAUGCCGGGACAGAAAGGAGACCAUGGUUUAACGGGACCUCCAGGUAACGACGGUACUCCCGGCCAAGAUGGCUUGCCAGGAACUCGCGGAAAAGAUGGUCUCUCUAUCAAAGGAGAAAAAGGUGCACAAGGUAGUUCUGGGCUAAGAGGUGACAAAGGGUUCCCUGGUAGACCUGGAAUAAAAGGGGCAGCCGGGCAAUGUCCAGCAAAUCUUGAAAAAUUAACAAGAGGAGACCCAGGUGCUCCAGGAGCAACCGGACCGCAAGGAAUGCCAGGUGAACCAGGGCAAAAAGGUGACCGAGGUUAUUCGGGCCGUCCAGGAGCUAAAGGAGAUAUGGGCUUACCAGGAAGACAAGGGCCGGUUGGUCCUCGAGGUAUUCCUGGAGAAAGAGGAGACACUGGUGAAGUGGGUUCAAUCGGGUUCCCAGGUACUCCUGGUGAAAUGGGGCCCCGAGGUUUUCCAGGUACACCAGGUCUAAAAGGUGAUAAAGGUGAACUUGGUUUAUCUAUGGCUGGACCACCCGGUCCUCCUGGUUUACCUGGACUUAAGGGUGAUCAAGGAAACAGAGGGCCUUCUGGAGUACCAGGCUCAGACGGAUUACCUGGACCGAUUGGAUUACCUGGCGAAAAGGGAGAUCAGGGUGUUCCCGGGCGACCAGGAUUUUCAGGAGUUGCUGGUCAAAAAGGUGAACCAGGUCCUAUUGGCCCACCAGGAACGCCAGGAAGGAACGGCCUUCCUGGAAGAGAUGGACCCAAAGGUCAACAAGGUUAUCCCGGACCGGCUGGAAAACCUGGAGUUAUUGGAUUGCCGGGUAAUAAGGGAGAACCGGGAAUGCAAGGUAUGCCUGGACAGAAAGGAUUCCCUGGAAAUAGAGGUCGACCAGGUCGAAACGGUCCUCAAGGUAUUCCAGGUGCUCCUGGAGAAAAAGGAGACAAGGGAGAACGUGGUUUCGCUGGACUUUCUGGUGAACCUGGUUCAGAUGGACCUAUGGGCCCUGCUGGUCAAGAUGGUGCUAAAGGCGAUCAAGGUAACCCUGGAACACCUGGAAUCCCCGGAAAGAUGGGUCUACCUGGCGACAAAGGUGACAGAGGCUCUACCGGUUUAACUGGAUUAAAAGGAGAGCCUGGUUUUGCUUCAGAUAAAGGUGAUAAGGGUGAACCAGGUAUUCCAGGUGCUCCUGGGCAAGACGGUAGGCCAGGAAUACCCGGAGAAAAAGGUGACCGUGGUGAUACAGGUAAACCUGGCUAUGGUUUACCAGGAGUACGUGGAGAAAAAGGUGAUGCUGGUAAUCCUGGAAUAAGUGGUAUGCCGGGAGAGGCUGGACCAAAAGGAGACCAAGGUUAUCCGGGAAUUAAAGGAGAUAAAGGUUUUAUUGGCAUUCCAGGCGAACCCGGAAAACCAGGUACACCUGGAAUGAAUGGGCAACCAGGGCAAAAGGGGGAUAUUGGUUUAGAAGGAGCUCCAGGCGAAAAAGGUGAACGAGGUGACAUAGGUUUACCGGGAAGAGAUGGAUCUGAUGGUUUACCAGGUCCACGAGGUCUGACUGGUCCGGAAGGCCCUUCAGGAGCCCCUGGAUUCCAAGGUGAAAAAGGAGAUCGAGGUCUACCAGGAGUAUCAAUUAAUCAAAAGGGAGAUAAGGGAGAUAUUGGUUUACAAGGUAUUCCCGGUAUGAAGGGAGAUAAGGGAGAUAGAGGCCCCGAUGGAGCGAUUGGGUUCCAAGGUGAAAAAGGAGACAGUGGUUUUGAGGGAAGGAAGGGAGAAAUGGGACUGAUUGGUCUUCAAGGAGAAAAAGGUGAACGCGGCCCCGCUGGACCAGCAGGAAUUCCAGGCUUAACAAUAGUUGGUGAAAAGGGACUGCCAGGAAUCCCUGGAAAACACGGGCGUCCAGGACCACCAGGCUUGAAAGGAGAACAGGGAGAUAUAGGUCUUCCUGGACUGCCUGGUCAGAUUGGACCGGCUGGUAGACCAGGUACUGUGGGUCCUCAAGGACAAAAGGGUGACCAAGGCCGAGAAGGUACAGCAGGCCCUCCAGGCUAUGAUGGAGUUCAAGGUCCGUCUGGACCUCCAGGUAUACCUGGAGAAAAGGGCGAUAGAGGUGAUAAAGGUGAACCAGGAUUCAGUUAUCCGGGAGAGAAAGGUGACCAAGGAGCUCCAGGAUUUCCGGGUAUGGUAGGAGAAAAAGGAGAUAAGGGAGAUCGUGGAUCAGAUGGAUUUAAUGGAAUAAGUGGUCCUAUGGGUCCUGUGGGAGAAAAAGGUGAACGCGGAAACUCUGGAAGGAUUGGUUUGCCAGGAAGUCAAGGUUCAAAGGGUGACAAGGGUGAAGCCGCUGGUUUUGUAUUUGGAGAAAAAGGUGAACGAGGGCCUCCUGGUUUACCAGGAGCAAAUGGUUUGCCAGGAAGAAAUGGGGAACCUGGGCGUCCAGGAAUGAACGGACUGCCAGGUAUGAAAGGUGAUCGUGGUCCUCAAGGUCCAGAAGGCCCACCAGGUCCACCUGGACGUCCUGGUUUGCAAGGAUUACAAGGAGAACGGGGUGAAAUUGGUUUAACUGGACAAAAAGGCUCAACGGGACCACCUGGAGCCCCAUGCGUCGAGACAGACUAUUUAACAGGAAUCCUUGUAGUGCGUCACAGUCAAGGCAGUAAUGUUCAAGAUUGUCCUGAAGGAUUAGUCAAACUCUGGGAUGGAUAUUCAUUACUGUACAUAGACGGUAACGAAAAAGCACAUAAUCAAGAUUUAGGACAUGCUGGCUCCUGCGUUAGAAAAUUCAGUACGAUGCCAUUCCUGUUCUGUGACCUGAACGAUGUUUGCAACUAUGCCAGCCGCAAUGACCGAAGUUAUUGGCUGUCAACGAAUGCUGAAACUUCAAUGGUUCCAGUGCAAGGAAAUGAUAUUAUAGAGCAUAUCUCAAGGUGUGUCGUCUGUGAAGCACCAGCUAAUGUCAUAGCUGUCCAUAGCCAAUCUAACAGCGUGCCAAGGUGUCCUAAUGGCUGGAUUGACCUUUGGAUCGGAUACAGUUUUGUAAUGCAUACUGGCGCUGGAGGUCAAGGAGGUGGCCAAGCAUUGGAGAGUCCAGGAUCGUGUUUAGAAAACUUCCGCUCUGUGCCAUUCAUAGAAUGCAAUGGUGAAGGCGGCACAUGCCACAAGUUCGCCAACAAGCUCAGUUUUUGGCUCACGACUAUCAGAGACGAAGACCAGUUUGAAAUGCCAGUGCGCGACACAUUGAAGUCAGGAAACCAACUCCAACGUGUUGGUCGAUGUGCAGUUUGCAUGAAGAAUACCAAGUAGUGGAAAGAACUAUUUUAAGUAGGCACCACCGAUCAGGAUUUCUUUUGCAACGUUUACAUUACUAUCUAAUCCAUAUAUGGGUAUACAUGCGAAUUGCUCUUAAAAAUACUGCAGAUAAAGUAUGAAGAGGUUGAAAACUGUAGGUGUCUUAUUUGUAGACGAAGUCAAUAACGGAGUUCCUGAGUAUCCAAAACACACCAAAGCAAUUUAACAUAUAAGCUAUCUUAUUUAAUUAUUAUAAUAAAUAACAUCUUACAAGUUAUAUUAUUGCACUGUUACUUAAAUUCCUUAUAAUUCUUUUAUUCACCAGUUUACGCAGUGCUACUCGUUAAAUUAACACAUGUUGAUUGUCUGAGUUGGCUUGCAGUCACAUAGGUAUAUAAGUAAGUAGGUACGUUACUGCACUGUUGUUAGUAACUUAUUGUUGAAAUUAAAAGUUGUAACUUUAAGUGUAUUAACGUACCUGUUAUACUUAUAGACCUGUAGGUACUCCUACACGUCGUCGUCAAUACUUCAGUUAGGUAUUAGGUACUUACCUAAUUAUCAAGAUACCUAGUAUAUUAAUAUUUUCUUCCUGUUGCUUAAAUUGUAUGUACGUAAUAUGUCACUAUAUCUACUCUAUUUAUUUGCAUUAGACAAUUAGACAUAGUCAACUAAGAUCCAUUAAAGCAAUGAAGUGUCUUCCCUAUUUCCAAAAAAAACUCAGCACCUUGCCUGCCAUAUUCGUUUUGGACUUAGAUACUUUAUUCUUUAAUACUGGUUCAAAAGACUUUCUAUCUUUGGUCGGCCGCUAUUUUCUGUGACAGAGGGAAAAAAUGAAGGCAACGAUCUAACAUGAAAUAUGAAAAGCACGCGCACAGAUACACUCGAUUUGUGAUAAUUUAGAUUUUUCUAUUGUAUAUACCUAAUAAUAAUGAUUAUAAAUAUAUUAUUAAAUAAAAAUUAAUUAUACGAUGUAAGGGUUACAGUUUUUAUCUAUAAGCAAUACUUAUUGCUUAGUUUUCUGUCUAGCUUAUUGAACCUCUUCUUAUUUUAAACUUCUAAAACGAUUUAAAAUACUUAGAUAUUUUACCGCAAUAAGAUUAUGCUAUAAAUUAUUGGAAAAGCAUGCCUUUCUUGUAUUACACAUAUAGUACCUAAACUGAAUAUUGUUAAACAUUUAACAGAUGAAUUAAGUAGGUACAUAAUACAAAUGUUUUAAUACGACACUGCCAUAUUGUAGAUAGAUUAAUCUUAAUGAAUUUAAGAUACAAUAAAAAUAACUUAAAAAGUUA